UGCCUUUGUUUCGAACACUGCGAUCGAUCAUGGCCUGGCAUUGCACGGGUAAAACAAACGCAGAGCUUAUCGACAACCUAGUCACAUCCGGUAUCGCUCGACCAGGCCGGAUAGCCGAGGCGAUGAAAGCGACCGACAGAAGAUAUUACGUACCGGACAAACCUACCGCCUACGAAGAUUCCCCACAACCGAUUGGAUUCGGAGCUACCAUCUCCGCCCCGCACAUGCACGCCUACGCACUCAACUCGCUCGAAGAUUAUUUAGGGGAAGGUACGAGGGUUCUAGAUGUAGGUUGUGGGAGCGGGUAUCUGACGGCGGUCAUGCACAGGCUCGUCGGACCAACAGGUCUGAUCAUCGGGAUCGACCACCUCCCAGGGCUUGUCGAGAUGAGCAAGAACAACCUAGCUACCGAUGGCGUAUCUGUAUCUUCAGCAGAACAACAAGAGAUGGGAGCGAAAACGAAAACGAAAACGAAAUCGGGGGAUGCAGAUGGAGGGAAGGUCUCGGGAGAGACGGGGGUGAAGAUAGUGUUGGGCGAUGGGAGGGAAGGGUAUGCGCCUCUCGCUCCGUACAAGGCCAUCCACGUAGGAGCCGCCUCGCCUACCAUCCCUCCCGCACUAUUAGCACAACUAGAUAGCCCGGGGAGGAUGUUCAUACCCGUCGGCCCGGCAGGGGGUAAACAGGUGAUCAAGGUCGUCACCAAGGAUGCGGAGGGAGAAGUACGGGUGCAGGAUGUUAUGGAUGUCAGGUAUGUACCCCUGACGGACGCUCGCAAGCAAUGGAGCGGAUGAGCACAUGCCUGCCACGAAUCAUUAAUCUACCUUCCGGUAGAGGUACAAGAUUCACAAUACAAUGUAUCCCAUUUCCGUCGUACAUGAGAUUCAAGACACAAAGUAUUUCAUUUGAAUUG